UUUUAUUGAUUAGAUAAAGCAUUUUCAUUUUGACAGUGUGGAGUAUCGAAAUAAAGUUACCAAAAUAUCAACCUGACCCAAACCUGAUGUUAAACUUUCAAAGAGGCAAGUAAACAGACUGUUACCUUAAGAAGAGUUUACAUGGAACUGAUUGCAAUGAAGUUGGUGUUUGCACAGAUGAAAGUUCAUAUCAAUGGAGAUAAAGUUCAUUCUAGGUUUUGACUCUUGACGCUAACGGACAGUCCACAGUGGACGUGAUCAUUUUCUUCGUUUUUUGUUCUGGGAAAGAAACAGCAAUAUGAAUAUGUCACUGGCCAUCUUAAUCGUAACUGUUCUUCUCUCUAAAGGUGUGGAGAGUGUGAGCCUAACAGAUGAAGACUAUGCAAUGGCAGACAAACUCUUCACAAUGGGAGCUGAAGGAUUUUUGAAAUACUUGGACAAUUUAAAGGCUGCAGGAUUGGUGGUUUUGGAAAGAAGUAAGAUCAACAAAAGAGGCACUGAUAUGCAAGACUUGUGGAUUUCUGUGAAACAGCUGAUCGAGAGGAUCAGUGCUGAGGGAAGAGUUAAAGGACAUGAUGAUUUCAUUGUGGCGCUGCGCAUUUUUCAAAGACUGGGUUGUCUUUAUGGAGACGUUAUGUUUCACCUGUGGACAGCUCAUGAGAAUAGUGGAAAAUUUGCCAUGUUUAAAGGGAUCAUCAAAAACGAGACGAUGGUGGACCUCUGGAAACAUGUGGAGUCACGCUACCUUCCAGGAGCUCCGCCGAUCUACAGCGAUCCCGUGGGGUUCCUCGGUCACCUUCUGUCCAAGAAGAUGGCACAGCCUCAUGUGGUUGAAAUCCUAAAAGUUGCUUUGGAAGUUGUGAAGAUAGACUUCAAUUCUCUUUUUGAUGAAGCACAAAUGGCCAUACAUCUGGUCAAAGAGAAAGCCAUGGAAAUAUCCACCUUAGAGAAGCAGACAGAGAAGGAUGAGUUUCUGAUAACAUUGAGAACUGCCUCUGGAGUUCUUGCAUUUUACUGGGAUAAACUUUUGGAAUACACUGAGAGCCAGCCAUUCCACAACAAGUAUUUAGCUGCUGUACGGAAAUGGAAGGAGUUAAACGUUUUGAAAGACACUGAAAAAUAUAACAUGAUUUCUAAACCAGAGACAGGACUACAAGCAUGGACCUGGGCAGAUGAGCGUUUUGGUGAUCUUUUUGACAAUGCUGCCCUUGAAUAUGAUCGAUUUGGUGAUGGGAUUUUUGGAGAUGACAGAUUCAAUCAAUCCAAUUGGGCCAUUAUGAAGAUGGCGACAGUAUAUCCCCUUCCGAUUUAUGAAAGAUUGUCUGAAAGUGGCCUUGGAAUGUCUGAAGUCAAUGAUUUUUUUAUAGGCACUGAUGACACACUCACUGAAUUAUUAGGCGAGGACAUCUUGUACAAUUUAAAGGGUGUGCUUAAUGAAUUAUGGGAUAUUAUUAGUAAUGACAUUUUGCAUAUCUCCAUAAACAAGAAAAACCAAGUGACAUCAGAUGUGGAAAGUGAGGAACCAGUGCGACAUUUACGCAAAAUGAAAGCAAUGUGCUUUGACAUCUGGGACAGAGUUCUCAUUGUGAUCAACAGAAAUAUUAAUAAUUAUGAACUUGAGCAAUCAGCAAGGCAAUGGGAUGAAGCGAAGAGCAUUUUCAUUAAAGAACUAACUGAAAGUGGAGAAUUAACUCAACAGAAGCUUGAUGAAGCACAAAAAGUCUUUAAUAGUGUCACACAAAUUGUCUUCGACAAAUAUGUAAAAAUGGUCGAUGGUCUGGAGGAAAGGAUCAGUGCUUCCACUGAAACUCUUGGCAAAUUGAUGCUGAAGGCUUUUUCUGCCACAAAUACUGUCCUGGUUAAUACUCUGGUUGUUCUGCUGUCUGAUUAAUCUCUCACAAGCCAAGAAGUAAAUGCUUCUGCCAUCCAGUGUCCUAUGAUUAAUCCUUGUAACUUCUUCUAUUUCUAGUAUAAUUGCCAUUGCUCAAUCCCUGAAAUUGUUGACUGGAAUGCUAAUAGCGUAGAACCCUUCAGCUAUAGUUCAUUUCACCUUCAUCUUAUUUCGUGUGCCUCUAUCAACCAGCAGAGGACGCUGACAGUCUGCUUCCACAACCAGAACCACUUUCUUUUGCCGCCAUGAUAGAAGCAAAUAAAAAAAAAAGAUACCAUCUGACCUUA